AUGGAGACAAGCACAAUGCCUCCAAAGGCCCCGAGACUCCCUGUAGAAGAAGAAGAUGCACUGGUGUCCCAGGUACUGGAGAUCAUUGGUGGGAUCACUCUUGAGGCCCUACAGACCCUGGAGCAGCCUGAGGAGAGAGAUGUGUGUUUAAUGGAGGAGGGAGAUGACUCUGUGUUGAAUGAAGACCAAACUCAUCAGGACAUGGAAGCAAACACAUCUUGCGAUUUCGGUGCCAACGUGAGCAAGCCUCUUGUCAAAAGUGAAGCUGCUGAAGAACCUAUCCCACAGAGAGAGAGUGAUCCGGGAACAGGAUUCUUUAGCGAAAAGGAGAAUUUAGAGAUGGAGAAGGAAGCGACACAGCAGUUCAUUCUGACUGAACAAGAAGAGGAAUGCCAAGAGCCCCAGACACCAAAAACUGAACAUCUGUCAGAUUCUGCAGAUCCAGGAGCAGAGGCUAAUCUAACUACACAAAACGUAUUGAGCACCAAUGGAGAAUCUAUGCAACCAAAGUACACAAAUGCAGACAUGCAAACAGAACCUGUGCAGAAUAUAUCAUCAGAAACAGCAAAUCUACAGGUUAAGGAGGAAGAAGUUGUGCUAGAGGCUCAGACACCAAACCUUGAACCCUUUGAUGUAACUAAUGAGGAGAGUUAUACAAGGCUGAAUGGGGAGGCAGAAGUCCCGAAACAGAUGUCUAAUUCUGAAAUCCAGAUAUCAGGCAACAGACGGCUUGAGGUAGAACAGGAGCCAGAGCAGGACCGUAACUUCCAUGUUCCUGUGGGGUUUCAUCGGGGCCCCAGUCCAGGCUACUCCACCCUGCCUCUGCCGAAGAAACCCAGUCGCAGCGCCGGCCACCAGAGAUCCUUCGACCACCUCACCUCCUCCAAAUACAGCACCGUGUCCUACCGCAAGAUCCGCAGAGGCAACACCCGCCAGAAGAUAGAUGAGUUCGAGUACAUAAUAAUGAAUUUAUGA